UAUUCCUUGUUCACAUUCUUCCAUCAUUCAGUUUGGUCUUAGAAGAGUGAGCAGCUUCCACACUGAGAAAUUAAGAGCAGAAAUUCAUCACUAUGUCUUUCCGGAGGUUUAGGAGCAACCCUAAAACACUGGGGGACGUCAGUGUGGUGACAGAGGAGCUGAAGAAUCUUUACUUUAAGAGGCUGCUGCCGAUAGAGAAGUACUAUUCUUUCCAUCACUUUCAUUCGCCAAGCUAUGAGGACGCUGAGUUUGACAACAAACCAAUGGUCCUGGUGAUGGGACAGUACUCAACAGGAAAGACAACUUUUAUCAGGUAUCUCAUAGAACAAGAUUUCCCUGGUAGCAGAGUUGGGCCAGAGCCAACCACCGACUGCUUCACUGCCCUCAUGUAUGGAGAGGUGGAGGGAAUCAUCCCUGGCAAUGCCCUCACAGUGGAUCCCAAAAAGCCCUUCCGCAACCUCGACCCUUUUGGGAAUGCUUUCCUGAACAGGUUCCAGUGCGUUCAGCUGCCAAAUAAAGUCCUUGAGAGCAUCAGCAUUAUUGACACACCGGGCAUCUUAACUGCUGCUAAAAGAAAACUGAGUCGAGGCUACGACUUCCCAGCAGUGCUGCGCUGGUUUGCAGAGCGUGUGGAUCGAAUCAUCCUGCUGUUUGAUGCACAUAAACUAGAGUUCUCUGAUGAGCUCACUCGGGCCUUUGGGGCCCUGUGUGGCCACGAGGACAAGCUGCGUGUGGUUCUCAACAAGGCUGACAGAGUGGACUCGCAGCAGCUCAUGAGAGUGUACGGUGCCCUCAUGUGGUCACUGGGUAAAGUGUUUCGAACCCCCGAGAUCCUGCGGGUUUACAUCGGAUCUUUCUGGUCAGAGCCAAGGCAGAUGUGUGACCACUACCAGCUGAUAGAGCUGGAGGAGGAGGAUCUUUUGGCUGAUAUAAGGAACCUGCCGCGCAAUGCUGCAGUACGCAAGCUGAAUGACCUGGUGAAGAGGGCACGCUUAGUCAGGGCUCAUGCCCACAUAAUCAGCUACCUGAAGCAAGAGAUGCCAACCAUUUUUUGCAAAGAAAGCAAGAAGCACAAUCUGAUUUACCAGCUUCCUGUGAUUUUCACCAAGAUUCAGCAACAGCAUCGAGUCCCAGCCGGAGACUUCCCCGACUGCACCAAGAUGCAGGAGAAACUUCUGGGUCAAGAUUUCUCAAAGUUCAAGACACUGAAACCAAGUCUGAUGGCCUCCUUGGACAAACUCCUGACCACUGACAUAGCAAACCUGGUGCCUUUGCUUCAACACCAAGAGCAGCGGAAGAAAUCCCUCCCUGGUGUGCUGGAUGGUGAAUUUUUGGGAACAUUCAAGCCUGAGCAUUACAGGAGAGAUCCUUUCAAGGAACUCAAAAGGGACGACGAGAGCAGCGAGGCAGAUUUCGACGAGUGGGCCGUGGAGAAGUACAAGCCAAAGUAUGACGAGAUUUUCUACAACCUCAGUCCAAGUGACGGCAAACUGAGCGGCACCAAAGUCAAAGAGUGGAUGACGACCACGCUUCUGCCAAACUCUGUGCUUGCUCACAUCUGGAGGCUGUCUGAUGUGGAUGGGGACGGCAUGCUGGACAAUGAGGAGUUCGCUCUGGCGGUCCACCUUAUUGAGGGAAAACUGGAGGGACACUGGCUGCCCAGAGAGCUGCCGUCUCACCUGGUGCCACCAUCGAAACGGCUAAGUACAGCCAGCGAUGAGGAGCAAAUAUGAGGAAGCUGAGGCUCUGUGUACAUUAUUUGUACAUAAUUUCUAAUCCAGUAGUAGCAGUUUGUUGUUUAUAAAACUAACAAAAUGUACAGUGCCUGUUCAUGAACCUGAGAAGGUGUUAUCCAUUUAUAUGCUAAUCACUGUGAUGCUAAAACCUAAAGAUCACCAUUGAUGGUUUUGGUAACUGCUUAUUUUCACAGCAUAUCCCACAAUUUACAUCUGCACACAGCCAAAUAUCUGUGAGACUAAGAAAAGUAAAGCAGCAAUAGUUGGAAUUUCUCACAUUACCCAAAUGUAUUUUUUAAUCAAUGGUAUUAAACUUGUAAAGAUGA